CCAGCUGCCAUGAGGGAAAAGGGCCGCAAGAAGAAGGGCAGGACCUGGGCAGAGGCCGCCAGGACGGUUCUGGAAAAAAAUCCUAACAGACCAAUGAGCCAUAAAGAGAUUCUUCAGGUUAUCCAAAAAGAAGGGUUAAAAGAGAUUAGGUGAGUACGAAUUAUUAUACUGCUUGCUACUCCUAAUAACAUAAACAGAAAUAUUUUCCAACUGUAGAUUUUGUAAGUAUUGCAGGUACAAAUAGCUGACCAAGGCAACAUAUCCAUUCUUCUGAUGUUCAUUUUGUGCUGCCAAAUUUUCUUUCAGAUGUUUUGUUUCUAGAUUCAAGUUUAUUUUUUUGUAUGUAUGAAAACACUGAAUAGGGAACUAAUGCUACUUGGUAACGGACAAAAAGGAGUUUUGUUCAUUAACUGGAGGGCAACUUCCUGGUUAAAGUAGUAUCAUCUUGAUGUCAUGUGCCUUAAAAUUUUUACUUUUCAGAGCUGCUUGGGGGUUGAGACUGAGUUAUCAAUCAAUAAAUCAUUAGUUAUUUCACUAAGUUUAGGAACUGAACUAAAUUAAGCUUUUCUGGGAAUCACUAUUAUGCUAUGUAUUGCAUGUUUGUUCCAAUUUCCUCUGCGAACUCAAGGUAACUUUUAGAAAGAUCUCCCUUAAUUUUAUCCUAACAACAAUUUUGUGAGGUUGGUUAGGCUGAGAGAGGAUAACAGUUUUAAAAUGAACUCCAUAGUUUGGAUGAACUCUGGCACUUUAAAUACCAUAUUCAUAUUUAUCUAGAUUGCUGUUGGCUACUCUGAUUCUAGAAAACGUUUAAUGAUUUAGACCAAGGGUGUCAAACUCAAGGCCUGCUGGAUCCGGUCCGCAGGGCCAUCCUGGUCUACCCAAUGCAAAGAGGAAACAUGCCAGCAAUUUGGGGAGUGGUGUCAAGCUGGCCACGCUCACUUAGUUGGCCACACCCACCCACUCGACCACAUGCGCCCAGCCCCCCAAGGUCAAUCACAGCCCUGAUGUGGCCCUCAAUGAAAUGAUAUUUGACAUCCCUGAUUUAGACAGUUGAGUUAUUUUCUAAUUUUACUUUUACAGUAUUUUCUUUCCAAGUUGAAUGACAGGGAUUGGAUGAGGCCUUUCAUGAACAAAGGUGCACAAUCAUCUUACCUGUAAGAGAGUAAUAAUGACCUGCCUUACAGUUCAGUUUAAAGAAUUAUUAGAACAAGCAUAUGAAAUACUUGGAAUGUUUUAAUAUGUUUUAUGAAAAUGUUAAAUGCUUGUUGUUAACUAACCUAUCUGCGUAAUGGGAAGCAUUUCAUAGUGGGAAUAAGUACACAAUUAAAAAUAUGUUGGACUAUGUAUGCCUGCUGUGAAGUUGCCGUGUGCAUGCACUGUUUUUACUGGAAAGCAAACAUGGAUUGCAUGCUUUGUAAUCAAAAUGACUUUAUAGUAUUAAAAAAAGUUGCAUAGAAAAUUGAAAUGUAUUCCAUUCAGAUCAGACAAUUUCUAUAUUUAUACAUUUGUUUUGUUUUUAAAAAAGCUUUGUAGUUUGCACUUUUCCUCAGUUUUACUAAAUAGGGUACAUUUUUCGGACUUGAAUACAAUAAAUAAAUUCUUAGCAAUGUAGAGAUCAUGUUUGUAAAACUAACUUUUACUUACAACUUUUUCUGCUAUUAAUUACUACAAGUAUUAUUUUUGUGGGUAAAGAAAUUAUCAAUAUAGUAAAUAUAACUUGCUUAGAAAAUAAAAAUUAAGGAGGUAAAAAUUAGAGGAGUUAAAACCCCUCAUUGAAAAUGGUUAAUGCUACAUUUUUUGAGUGUUUAGCUUGGUUAGUUUGCCUCUGAUGAAGGAUUUACUGCUAAGGAUUUCUAAAAUGUGGCUUGUCCAUUUAAAAGUCAUACAGUAAUGAUUUAAUUUAGUUAAUGUUUCUGUAGAUUGAAGGCACAUUUUUAAUUUGGGAUGGGAUGAGGAAGGGGGUCACAGGAUGUGGGGAUAGGUAUAAUAGCAAUAGCACAUAGACUUAUAUACUGCUUUAUAGUGUUUUUACAGCCCUCUCUAAGCAGUUUACAGAGUCAGCAUAUAUCUGGGUGCCCAUUUUACCCACCUCGGAAGGAUGGAAGGCUGAGUCAACCUUGAGCCUGGUGAGAUUUGAACUGCUGAACUGCAGCUAGCAGUCAGCUGAAGUAGCCUGCAGUACUGCACUCUAACCACUGCACCACCUCGGCUUCUCAGAGAUAAUACUAUCUCCAGAGGGGACAAGACUAAGAUUUUCAGCCCAAUGUUAAAAGCAAAAAAUACUUUAAAAUUUGUGGCAAGCUCUAGUGACUAUGUAUGACCCUGGGAACUCCCAGAACAAGAGGGCUUGAUAUUGUUUAUUUCUUGCUUACACGGACAAAUCUCACUUAAAAUAUUGUUUCCCUUACCCAUAAGAAUUUGAGAGGGGCUUUUUGUUGGGUUUUUUUUUUUUUUGCUCCCUGUUUUCUGAUAUUCUGCCAUUGAUUGGAGAUGUUGCAUUUUCCAGAGAUUUGCCUUUUAAAAUUGCCUAAUUUUGAUGAUUAUUCUUGCUUUACUGGGUCAAGAGAUGGAAUUUAGGUUAAAAAUGCAUUAUUUAUUUUGGUUAAUUAUUAAUUGUACUAGGCCAACUCAGAUGUUUCUAUUUCAAAUCUAAAAGAAUAAAAGAAAUAUAGAACUUUUUAAGAAAUUAGAAAAAGUAAUAAGAACAUCAUAUUACAAUACCUUUCAGAAUUUAGUUGAACGAAUCUGUUAGUACUUUAAAAUAUAAACUAUUCCCUUUCUUCAAUACUUCAAUUAAAAAUAAGGUAGUCAGACACGUUUUCCUUAAAGGCAUGUUUUCCUUUUAAAGAUUUAUUGAAAAAAUCUUAUAUGAACAUUGUAGUUUAAGCUUCAGAAUUGAAGUUACCAGAAAAAGAGUGCAAGGAUGUAUCCAAUGACACAUAAGGCUAUAUUUCUUCACAAUUAGCUUGAUGGUGACUUCCUGGCUCUAGUUCCAGUCUGGAUCAGAUGCUAGAAUGAAUGAAAUUGUGUUCAGUAGUCUCUUCCAAAUGUCAGAUGCUUGCUCGUGAUAACUUUUCUGCUUUCUAAGUCUUUUGGUCGUAGAUACUUCAAGCAAUUUGUUUGCUUGAGAUUUCUGUGUAACAAUAUGGGCUUUUUUUUUCUAGCCACAGUAAUAAAUAAAUAAAUAGAAAUAAAACAAUUUCUAGCAGAAAUUAGGUUCAAUAAAGGGUCAUGGAGUAUUUUAAGCACAUAUAUUUUUAUUAAAUCAUGCAACCAACCCACAAGAGAUGUUCUUAAUUACAUUGGAAGGAAUAUGUUUGUAAAAUGAAUGUGGAACAUGAAAUUCUCAGAUGACAUCUAUAAUAAUGGAGCAGUUCCAGCAAUAUUCUUUGCUCCUACUUAGAGGUGGGAUUGAUUCUGCAGCCUUUUACAGUAUGUUACUGUUUUUUUACCUUCAGUGUAAUUUGGACUUAAAUGCCAAAGCGGUAUCUUUUAUUUAUACUACCAAGACUCCCCCUUGAAACUUGCAAACCCUGCUUGAGGAAUUUGUCCCAUUCUUGUCCCCUUUGUUCUCUAUAAUCUAAGGAAAAUGUCUGGUAUGAGUUGUGUGGGUGGUCAUUGGAAAUAUAUGGAAAUAUUGUUUUACUGACAUACCUAAAUUUUUAUCUUGUUUUUCCCCCUUUACCCAUUCUCAUUGUCUCUUUCAACUUGUUUUUGGGUUUCUUGGAUUUCCAUCUUUUCCAGAAGGUAAGAGCCACAAUUAAUGAAUAAAUUCCUUUGCACAUAAGUAAUGCUACAUUUAUUUCGCUUGCUUGGCAUAGACGCUUAACAAUAAUUUCAUUGCUGUUAGGUUGAAGAAUCAUUUCUCUAUGUACCUAGAGCUUGUUUGUGGGAGGCCAUGGCUAGCCAGAUGAGGUGGGAAGGGCUGACAUUUGCCAGUCAAGUCUUUGUUCCCUUUGACCUUGAAUGAAAGAAGCUUAGCAUUGGGCUCUUCUACUUGGAUGAUAUCAUCUCUGAUUGACUUGGCAGGGUUUUCUGAACCAUCUUGUUGUUCACUCUAGGAUCUUCUGAAUGUUGAAUUAAAAUAAAGCAGAACUUGGGAUCCUUUUUUGGCCCAAAGGCGGCAAUCAUUUAAACCCCUCCAGGGUCAUGCCAGGGAGCCGUACGGAUGGAACUUCUCCACUUGCAUGCCUGAAUGCUAUGCUGCACACCAACUCCCGUGGAGAUGAAGGAAUAUUCUAUAAGGUUCCUGGAAGAAUGGGGGUCUAUACACUGAAAAAAGAUGUUCCUGAUGGACUGAAGGACUUGUCUGAAGGCUCAGAAGAAAGCAGUGAUAUACAAUCAGAUUCCCCCACCUCAGAGAGCAGCUGUAGCAGUAGCAGUGACCAGAGUAGCAAUAAGGAAGGAAGAAAAAGCAGGUGGCAAAGGAAAGUAUCAGCCAGACUUUCACAAGUGUCCUCCCCACAGCCAGGCUGCCAAUCUCCUUCUAUCCCACCAGGUAAAAUCAUCUCUUCAUCUCAGAAGCACAGCAAAAAGGCACUUAAACAAGCCUUGAAGCAAAAGCAAAGGAAGCAGCAUCAUUGCCGAACCAGUGUGCCUGUAUCAACUAAUCACCACCUCCUACAGCAGCAUGUGACGAUUGCUAACCAUCCUGCAAAAGCCGCUUGGGAAGGAAAACAAUCAGAUGGUCAUUCAAGUAGCCCACAGAAUUCUACUUCUAGUUCUUCUCCCUCUGUUAAAACUGAGCCUUCCUUGCCAAUCCUUGGGAAGAAACCAUUCCAGAGAUCUGAGAGGCUCCAUGCAAGGCAGCUGAAGAGGACAAAAUGUGCUGAAAUUGAUGUAGAAACCCCAGAAUCCAUCUUGGUGAACACCAAUCUGCGAGCUCUGAUCAACAAGCAUACAUUCAUGGGACUACCAGUUGAAUGUCAGCAGAAGCUGCUCCUGCUCCUGCCAGAGGUAGACAGGCAGAUUGGAAUGGAUGGCUUGAUGAAGCUUAGCAGUUCUGCCCUCAACAACGAAUUCUUUAAUUCUGCUGCGCAAGGAUGGAAGGAGCGACUGUCAGAAGGGGAGUUCACUCCAGAGAUGCAGCUAAGACUACGGCAGGAAUUAGAAAAGGAGAAGAAAGUGGAACUUUGGAAAGAGCGUUUCUUUGAGAGCUAUUAUGGUCAAAGUUCUGGGCUAAGCCUUGAAGAGUCCAAACAACUGACAGCUUGUAUUCCUACUGUUCAGAAUCAAGCACAGACUGGGAAUCUAGCACCUCAGUUACAGAAAUGCAUAGUAGUCCAUAAAGCAGUACCUGACAAAGAACAGACCAAUUCUCUGGUGGGUCCAAAGGUACAGGUUCUCCCAGCUGUAACAGCAGCCACUAAAGGAGAGGAGAUUGAGCAGCCCAAGGUCUUUAAGCCAGAAGAACUUGUACAUUCUUCUGGCAACAGUGCCUCUUUCCAGAGUAGCAGCCAGAUUCCUCAGAAGAUUUCCAAGAGAGUUGAGGAGCUAGAAGAAGUGGCACCACAGCCUGCUUGCCUGGAGUCUGUGGUGAGACAAAAUCCAAGCAAACCAAAGAAUGCAGCCAUUGCUGGCACUAAACCAAGCCCAGAAGUAAAAUCUCAGGAGAUUUCGGCAAAGGAGGCUCCUGCCACUUGCACAGAACAAAUGGACACUGGAAACCGGGCUUUCAAGAGAAAAUCAGAGAUUCCUGAAGAGGCACUGAUGACACCUGAAAAACAGCUCCACGUGACAGAAAAGUGCCCCAUCAGGCCGCCUUUUCAGGCCCCACAGCAGUGCUUUCCCAUCGCGCCAACACCAAAAGUCCCUCCACUCAGGAUCCACGUCUCCAGAAUCCAAGGAUCUCCAGCAUUACUGUCUGCUAGCCAGGUCUCUCCCAGGCCCCCCUUCCCAAUCAUCAGGAGAACAGGGGCCAGGACUUUGGCCGACGUCAAAGCCAGGGCUAGAAUGGCCAGGGCCCAGCGAGCAGCUGCCGCAGCCGAAGCAGCCGCAGCAGCCUCCAUUGCUGCUACUUCUGCCUCCAUUGUGGAAGCCAUCCCAGGGCCAGGGCCAGGAGGGGGGAAAGGAGAGGACAAGAGCAGUCCACUCUCAGGGAGGCCUCAUGGAGCUACAUUGGACAUGGCAGGCUCUGGAAGCAGGACAAGUCCAAAAAGGGUUGUCCCCUCUUGCCCAGCCCCUUUCUCCCCAACAGACUCCCCAGCUCCAGAACCAGCAGCUACAAGCAGUGCUACUAGAGCACAACUACAGCCGGCUCCCCCAGCACAAUCCAGAACUUCAAGCAGCAACCCGGAGGUGGAGAGGACGUCGAUCUCGCAACCAGCAAUAGGGAGUGUCAACUGUACAAAUCCCCGCCUUUUGACUCUGCCUGCCACUCAGGAUGUCGCAGCUUCUUUGGGCUCAACAGCUGAUCUUGCUUCCAUGAUGGAGAAACUUAGAAAUAACCCUCUUGCUCUGAACCAGGUUACAAGAACAUCCUGUGGCUUUGAGCCUGGAGUGAACUGCAAAAGUAUAUCAGAAACAGCUUCUACCACCAGCACAGGUGUUCCAGAGGACAAAGCCGGAGCCUUGCUUUCUGUAUCUCCUGUGUUGACUGGACCCUUCAAGGCACCCCCUCCCCUUUCUUCUCCACAUGGCACGCUGCCCAUGUCCGCUUUACCUUCUCCUUCCCAUAAUACUUUGUUGGUAGCCCAUACCCCUAAAGUCCCCCCAGGCUCCUCAGGCUCAAGUGGAAGUACCACUGCAGUAAAGGCCAGCUCCAGUAUACCUGCUAAUAAUCCUCUGGUGACUCAGCUGCUGCAAGGUAAAGAAGUCCCAAUGGAGCAGAUCCUCCCAAGGCCUCUGACAAGAGUUGAGAUUAAGUCUGUUGCACUGCCUGUGAAGGAAGGCAAAACAACCACAAUGGUUUCCAGGCCUGGUCCUCCAAGGGAAGGGGAAGGGCAGCUGCAUAUCACUUUCCCAGCAGGUGGGAAGCCAAGCCUUAGUCGCUGUGGACAAUCCCAAAAUCCCCCACCCUUAUCCUCUUUGUCAGGGCAGGACUUGUGGAGCAAACCUACAGAUCUCCACAGUAGCCAGGAAAUGUCAGGCAAGAGUGCCCAAGAACAUAUUCUCCAGACUGUCAUGCAGAAAGUCCCUGUGCAGAGCCUCCCUGCUGCUCCUUCUCCCCCUCCACGUCUUCCCCUCCUCCCCCCUCAUUUCCCAGUAGAGAGCAGCUCCACCAGCCAAAGUUUCACACUGGGAUUCAUAGGGAGAAGGACAUUCAAGCCUGCCAUGUCUGGCCAUUACCUCCUGAAUGUUUCUACCUAUGGACGCUGCCCAGAGAACCUAAGAAGAAAUCUUGCCCAGCCCCCAGAGAGCCACCUAUGCUCAGAUGAGCCCCCAAAGAAAUUAGAGGAACAGAAGCAUACAUCUAGAGAUGACAGUAACAUUAGCGGUGGUGAAGAUGAAGGGGAUACAGAUGGCAACGUGACUGAACAGGCAACAGCGCAUCUCAAGGUUAAAGAGGAACCUCUGGCUCCAGAAAGAGGAGGAGGAAGGCAGGCAGCUUCAAAGAUAAAACUGGAGCAGGCAACAAUAAGCCACAAGGAUGGAAACAUUUGCUUAUUCCCAGCAGGUCAAGACUAUGCUGAAAGCAACUCGACAAAAGAUUUUAUUCAGGCUGCCCAAGUGGCUCAAAAAACUAGAAGAGAAAGGAGAUCUUGCAGUGGGGAACUUCAGACUUGUGCUCCAGCAAAUGUUACCCCACAGCGGCCACUGCUUCUCUCACCCUCACCCUCUCAGCUCUUUGGAAACCCUUCUCCUGCGCAACUUAUUGGACCAGGCUACAGUGGCACGAUUAAUGUUUCCACUUCUCCAGACAUGCAUCAGGACACUCUCCUGACUGGACUGUCAGACCCCAGCCGCAUGGGAGAUGUAGUGUCCUUCUCUGUAACUGUAACUGCUAUCCCUGCUAACCACUCAGCAAAUACUGGUAGCCAUGGACAAUCUCUUCGUGGCCAGGCUUUUGCAGAAGAUGGUGGCUUGGAGGACUUGCCUUCCAAGUGCUACUGUCGCUUGAAAGCCAUGAUUGUGUGCAAGGGCUGCGGGGCCUUUUGCCAUGAUGACUGUAUUGGCCCCUCCAAGCUCUGUGUUUCCUGUCUUGUUGUGCGGUAGCAGGUUUUUCUAGAUGGCAUCUCAUCUAGGGAGCAGGAAGGGCAUGCUGCUGAGUCAAGAGUCCCUGUCCUUAUCCCACUCCACAUCUACUUGGUUUCCUUGAGAAUGAAGAAAGCACCUUGGAUGAAUGGCUGAACCCAGUGGGACAAGUGUGUGCACUUAAGGAAUCAUGUAAAUAUGUUGCAUUGUUUUGUCUUAAAGAUUAUUUUUUUUCCUAACCUUGAGAUAAAUCUGUGGAUGUGAACCUGAUGCUCAUUUUGCCUCUUGUCCUGUAGUAGCAGAAUUCUGGCCCAGUAAGUCCCUAUUCACCUUCAGUGCCCCUGUUUCCCAUAGGGCCUGAUUUGCCUCCACCUUGCUACCAUCGUGGCCUCCGUGUUUUUCUUUGAAUGGACUUGUCAAAUGUCCCAGUGAAACAUAGUGGUUGAGACUAUUACAUCAGCAGCCCUAAGCAACAGGAGCAUGCAAAAGGUGGGCAGAUACCCUACCGCCCAGUUGAAUUUUAUUGCAUUGCUGUUUACAGUAAACAAUUCUUCUUUACUAUAUAAAAUCACCCUGAGGAGAGCAAAGGCAGCGUAUUGCAGAUCAUCAGAAUUUGCAGGGCAGAAUGGGGAUUGGUGGGGAUUAUCAAUUUAUAGCUCUGAAUUAACCAAUGGUAGCAAAGAUGAUUUCUAUUUUCUUAUAUGAAUGGGUAUGCUUUGAAUUUCAGUCAAGAUACAGCAGCACAAACUCCUUUGGUCCCAGGCUCUAGAUUCUUAUUUUUCAAGAAGAAAAAUAUCUCGGUGAGGUAAAUGCUGUUGUCGUGUCCCACCCCCACUCCGACGAACGAGUCAAGGAAGUCCGUAACAAACUUGGCAACGAAGCCUCUGCAGCUUGCCAAGUUCCUUUGAGGUUUAUCAAGGCAGGCAGGAGUCCAAGUUGUGACUUCAGCGAUAGGGUCCGAUAUCAGCAAACUAGAUAAGACUUUGCUUGACUCAAGGUUGGAAUGCCAAAAGCUGGUCCUUUAUAUAGGCUGUGGGGUGUGGCUCCAUGACUCAGCAUUUAUCCAGGCCUGCCCCACCCUUCCUUCUGCUGGCGUCGCCUCUCAGAUCUCCGGAAGUGAGGGUGCACCUACUCUGAAUUGUCUUCAGCUGGAACUGCUAUCAGCGUCUGGGAAAGGGAGGGGUCAGAGGGAGUAGGCCCGGGUAAUUCCACCACUUGGCUGGCUUCCUGCUCUGAAGGCUGAGCCAAAGGAACACACGCUGUAUGAGUGAGGUUUAUUGGACUUCUCCUUUCACUCCUUGAAUCCUCUCCAGGCAUGGGGGCAGGGCCGGGGGCUGGAGUCAUGACAGGCCGUUCAUCUUCAUUAUCAGACUCGAAGUCUGAUAAAAGGCCCGGUUGGAGACGGGAGGGGCCCGGCUGAGGAGAGGAGGGAGGACGAGUCACAACAGCUGUAGAAUAGAGUGGAAGAAAUGUUUCAGGUUUUUUUAACAUCAAACCAUAAUUUUGGGUCAGCUUGUGAGGCUGAUUUACACUGAGUUAGAGAUACUUAGAGCCUCUACAGCUCUGUUCUAGAUUUUUGCUGUAGUUUGGUAGCAUAUAACUACAGAAUUAUAUUUGGCCAUUUGGGCUUCAGUCCCGUUAAUGUGCAGGUUUUUAGAUGACGUACCGCCCAUUGAGUAAUAGGAAAAGUCAGAGAUAAAUGAAGAGAAGAACAAGUUUUAGAAGGGUUAACUUUCAUAGAAUAUUUUCCUUUUGAUAGAUAAGAGUAGGAAAAGAUAGUUUAGCCAUGGUACAGCCUCUCCAUGCAAGUUGAACUAUAUCAUUUCCAGUUUCCAUCCUUCAUUCUAGAUAAAAGCCAAUACUGAUGUUUAUGGAUUGAGACGGUUUCACCAUUAACCUUUUGAAAAAUGUGUUAAGGCGCCAGACUAGAAAUCAGGAAAGCAGUGCUAGUCCCGCUUUAGACAUAAAAGCCACAGAGUGGCCAUGAGCCAGUCAUACACACUUGGCCCAGUUCACCUCAGGGGGUGGUUGUGGGGAAAACAGGAGGAGAAGGGAGUUUUAGUUUCCUGACUUGAGUUAUUUACAGAAAUAAUAAAGGUGGGAUGAAAAAAAAAACAAUUGCUUGGAAGAAAACCAAGGACUCCAUUACCCAUUUCAGCAAGCAUUGCCCAUUUUCUAUUACUCAUCAUGGAAAUACCACAUUAAAAUGACAGCUCUAGGAAUUGGAUCAUUUUUUCUCAUGAUUUUAAGUCGUGAUCUGGCCUUCUGUUUUUAAUAAUGAUCUGCCAGAUGUUUCCCAGCAGCCAAUUGACAAGAGUGUAGCAAUCAUUUGUCUUUUAAGUUGCACGUGCCCCCAAAACAGCACUCUUGGGUAGGCCUAUUCUCUUCUCUGAAUUUGUAUUACACCUUGAAGAAGGUAUCAAAGGCAGUAUCACAUUUUGUAUUGGUCAGUCCUAUAAAUUAGCCUUUAUUUUUUUUUUUGCAUGUUCUACAUCUACAGUAUUUAUACAGCAGUAUCAGUGUGUAUUGUUCUUUUACAAAUAGGUAAAAACACAUCAGUGUGUCUUGUGCUUUACAUAGGUAAAAGAGUGGUCAACAUACAGGAAUUUUUAAUUAAAGUCAAUAAGAACCAGAAAGAGAACAAAAUUUAGGUAAAUUCAAUUCCACCAGACACGUCUUUAUAUUAAGUAUUAAAGUAAAUAAGUUAGAUGGCAUGAAUUUCUAGUUCUUUUAUUUUACCCCUUUUAUUCAUGCAAUUCAUAAAUGUAUAACUGGUAUCAGAAUCCCCUCAUUCUUUAGCUGCUGCUGCUUCUAAGCAAACAAUCCAUGUUUUUAAGAUUUCACUGGCAAGACGAAAAAUGUAACCUUUUGGUACUUUGACUGUCAUUGGCAUCUUUUCCUGGCACCCAAAACAUCCAGAUGAGGGCAUGCUAAAUUAUCAUGGGCCUACCCUUCAUUUCAGACCUUUUCCUAAAAUUUAAUUAGCUUCUCUUCAUAAUUGAUGUACAGUUUUUGCAUUUUCAUUAAGCUCUCUGGAUGACUUAGGAUAAUAUUUCCACUUAGAUCUGUAACUCUGUUACAAAAUUUUAAUCAUUAUUUUUGCUUUGUGCCCCCUAGCCAUUUUUUAGCUCAAUACAGCUACAUUUUUUUUCUCCUGAAUUUUUUAGUAUUACCUAAAAACUCAAGCAAUUUACUCUUCAGCCAUAACUAAUCAGGGAAGCAAAUGCAAAUUAUAUGAGGACAUAUUAAAAAGUGCAAAGUCUGGGGAAUUCCUUUGUCCACAUUCCUCACAUUUGUUUAUAUUUACUGUCUGCUUCCUGCUCUUUUACCGAAUAUUAAUCCACUAACAAGAUCUUACUUGUGAUUAUUGACUUUUUCAGCCCUUCAUUUUUAUAUACAAAAGAUCUCUGCUACCCAGAUGCUGAUGCUUUUCAAUACUCCAAAUGUUAGUAAAAUGAAUUUUCCUCUUCUCAGCAAUUUUUUAUUAGUGUACGUAAUAGUGCAAGCUUUCAUAAUUAACUGGAGGAAAUGUUAGGUGAAUAUGUUUAUUUUAUUUUCUGGUUGUUUUUUUUUUAUACAGUGAUAUUACUUUGGCUACCCCUUCAUAUUCGACUAAGGAGACUAAGUUUAAUGAUGAUUCGCUGUGUCACUAAAAUUUUAUUGUGAUGGAUCAGCGGAAUAAUGGCCCCUGCCUUCCAAUCCCAAUAGCAUCCAAUCCCUUCUGACUUCAAUUUCUGUUGAAGCCUUGACUUCACCGAAACCAAAUUAUUCAUUCCAUCAUCAUUCUAUCUUUCAAGUAAUGAAUAUUCAUUUUCUGUGACUCCUCUUAGCAACAUCUCAGAUUUACACUAUAACACAUUAAAGGGGGAAUUCUAUGAACUAGAAUGGGUUUACUGGUUCUCAUUGAGUUUUACAGAACACAAGUAGGGGUCAAAACAUGAUUCUUUUCUCAUAUAUUAAAAUAAUUAAUAGCAGAUUUGUCCCCACCCUUUCACAAUGGUGCCUCAGAAUUGUUUCCCCUUUCUCUUAGGGGAAUUAUGAUUAUAGUAAUAUUCAUGUGCCUGAAUUCUCCAGAAUCCUUCAGUAGGGACAUUUUACCAUAAAACAUGCAAAAGCACAUUUCAUACUUGCAGCCAUAGAUUCCUGCAUCAUAGUUAAUUUAUUUUUAAAUUAUUAACAUAAUUUAUAUACCAUGCUAAAAACUUUGAACUGUGUUCCAAAAAAAUUGGAUGUAAAAGUUACUUUGUAGAGUACACUGUCAUAACAAUGAUGAUCCUUUACUAAGCAGAAAGAACAUCAAUGGCCCAAUUAAAAAGGAAAAUCUUGGGAGAUUCCCUAAACACCAAAAGUGAGAAAGUCAAGCAUAUCUCCAAGGGUAGCCUACUCAACAGGAUGGGGCCUGCCUUCUGCCCCAUACCUAGCUAUCUGUCUUCAUAUGGGUUACGAUCUUAAGGAGGAGCUCCUUUGAUCUGGUGAACAAAGAAAAGAAUUUUGGAUAAGGAGAUCCCUGAAACAGCCCAUUGAUCCACUGGAUUAAGAGCCUCUUACUAAUAACAAAUUACAACCAUGGGGCUGAUUAGAAGAUCGGUAGAAAAUUUGUAAAAGACCAGAUUAGCAGUUAAGCAUAAUUAUUGCAUAUAAGGCUGUGUAAAAAGCUAAGAACUUUCUUCUAGGCUCCCGAGUUCUGAAGGAGUAUUAUAAUUUUUGUCCAAUGGUUUCCCAUAGUUAAAUCCACAUAACUGCAACGUAAAAGGGUUUUAAGCAUAUUCCAUAUGCUUAUCAUAUGUCUAAUGAUUGUUUAGCAGAAAGGGGCAGAUUGUUUAAUCACCUUCCCCUUAGUUUAGCAGAGCUUCAUCAAUGGAAUAUAGCAAUGUUCACAAAAAUUUAAACUGAUUUAGCCAUCUCACUCAAGCUAAGCAAUAUCCAUCUGAUGGGAGAAGAAAACCUUCCCUUUUGGCUAACAUAAGAGUUAAACUGUUGCUGCAUCUACUUUUACUUUUCAUCCAUGGAGUUGCUAGUACAAGAUGGAUCUGCCUAUCUGAUAUAAAAUAAACUAGUCUUUUUUUUUGGUUCAACUCAACUCAUAACAUGACAUGAUAUAACAUAAUUGUUAAAUUUCUCUUAGCUGAAACACCAUGUAUGUUUGGUUGCAUCCUUAUGAGUGCAACUGAUGGGGCCUAAGAUCCAAAGGCCCUAAGUGUUCAACAAUUAAAUGGGACAUUUAUAUCCUUGACCUUGUUGGUAGGGGAUAAUUGGUCAUAUUUUUGGAGAUGUUAGAUUGGGUAAAUCUGGAAAGUUCUGCAUAAUCCUUUCUAAACUGAAUAGCAACAUCAGUGAGUAGAAUUUUCUGGGCUAUAUCUGACAUCUAUAGCAGCAUCUGAAAUUUUCUUUUUGUGAAAGCCCUUUUCCUUCCCUUUUCCUUUUCCCCUUUCUGAUAUUUAUGAUGAUGAUUCUGGAAUAUUGGUAAGUAUUUUAUUAAGUAGAACUACAGAAGAAUUUAUACAUGACUACUCAUGUGGAAGUUCAAGUAGAAAGCCAAACUGAGCACUUUCUGUCAACAGAAAGCUCGUGCAAAGCAAAUUUGCACUGAAGUGUGCUUUUUGAAAGGGUGCUUGGGUGAAGUGCAAGGAAUAUGAACAACACUUUUAACUGCUGAAAAGAUGAAACUCGGCUGUAAACCCUACUAAUGCACAUAAGGUUAAAAUAGAAGGUGGGAACAUCCUUGAUUUUGAAAGAAGUUGAGGUGGGAUUUCUGAGUGGGUGGUUAUAAGCUUAGCAGGCCAUGCUCUCUAGCUGGCCCAUUAAAUUGCACUACAGGUGGCUGUUGACUAUGUUACUGGUUCUUUUAUCUCAUCCUCAGAUUAUAAAUCUAGGACACAGAGACAUCUUUUUUUUAUUGAAUUAAGAUGAUUUAAUGAUGCAAUUCAUGCUGGAAUUGUGGGAGUGAAUCAGCUGUCACUCAACAUACAGUCACCCCAAAUUAAUACCCUGGCAAAUAUUGAGGUGUACAGCUUCAUUUCAGAAAGGAAAGCCCAUGUGCCUGUGUAACACAACAUACAUUAUUCAUCUCUUAUCUUCUGAUGUCAGGUACUGCAGCUUUUAGAAGCCAUUAAAAAUGCCCAGGCAGUUUGCAUUUUCUGUCAGUUGUAUUUUUGGGUACAAACCACAGGACCAUUUUUCAUAGUCCAUCAGUAGGCCAUUCUGCUUGCUUGCAGUAUUACUCUUAACAGGCCAACAAUGUGUGCUUAUUUUGAGCCUGGGGGAGCUGAAAUCUUUUGUAAGAAUGUAAAAAAAAUGAAAUUGAAGCAUUUAGUCCGUCUUAACUGUACUGUGGUUUCAGUGCUUUUUCACCAAUGUGAAAAAUAGAAGGUAGGACAGUAUUUUCUGCAGUGAAGGCAAGCUCCAUUACUGUGCAAAUUAUCUGGUACCCAAAUUUCACAGCCCAUACUGAUCCCACCUUUGAGGCAAGGUACCCAGGGAGGGGUAAGAGUGGCAGCAGACGUGAGUUGCAGGAGACAUGGCCAUGAAGUACCUUCAUCUCUGUCACAGUUCAUUUUUAGAAACUGGUGUUUAAGCUAAAGUGAUAUAUGUGUGUUUCUCUGUGUGUAUGUGUGAGAGAGACAUUGAUUGUUUGCCAAAUUAAAAGGCACUAUGUCUUUCUGUUAGAAUGACUGAAAGACACUUCUCUGACUUCCACAUUGUAUCCUGCAGGAAUGAAACCACACAGCCAUUUAGGUAAAUUAAGAGAUUUUGGCAGGGAGAAUAUUUUUUUUUCUUUUUUCCCCCUCCCCUCCCCCAUGCAAUACAUUUGAUAUGAUUGAAAAACAAUUUUAAGAGCUUAUAAGUAAUAUAUUUUAAUUAAUAUAUAUUUUAAUACCUCUAUUUCAAGAAUGAUAAAAGAUUUGUGAAAUUGGUGUGUGUAUGUGUAUGUAUGCAAUUUUGAACGUGUUUUCCCCCCAUUAGGGGACCUGGUAAGCACCCCAGGUUGCAAUAAAAAUUGAAGAACUGUUAAAAAACAAGGUUUCCCAGGAACUGUUUCAUUUUUAUAAGCCAAGAAGUGAGUAAAGAUACCUUAGAGUGUACUAAACUUUAAUUGUUGCCUUUUAAAAAGAAACUUAAAUUGGAAUUGAGAAUAUAGAGAGUCAGAUUGAGACCAUUUAAAAAGUCAUAUUUUUUCAGAAAUGAUAUAGAAAAAUAUUUUACUUAAAAAAUUUAAGUAUUUGAAAUAAAUAUAGGUAUGUAAAUAUGCUGUAUGUACUUCAUAUAUUCUUUUAUUUUACAAUUUAUUGUAAACAGAUGGAUAUUAAAAUUCUUUAAACUGG